AUGGCUGAAGAACCGCCCACCAAGAGGAAAUGCCUCGGUGUUGACUGCGAAAACGACGCCAGCGCCCUGCAAUGCCCCAAAUGCUUAAGUCUAGGCAUCAAAGAUAGCUACUUUUGCUCGCAGGAUUGCUUCAAGAAGAACUGGGCUACCCAUAAGGAAGUCCACAAGAAAGAAAACAAAACCGGAUACUUCAAUCCUUUCCCGAGCUUCCCGUUCACCGGCCCCCUCCGGCCGGUCUACCCGCUCUCUCCGAGGCGAGAGGUGCCCAAGUCAAUACCGCAUCCCGAUUACGCCGAAACUGGGAUUCCCAAGGCCGGCAGGAUUAGGGGCAACAAGAUUGAGCAGCUAGAUGCCAAAGGACAGGAUGCUAUGCGCAAGGUGUGCCGGUUGGCGAGAGAGGUGCUGGAUAUCGCGGCCGCCGCAAUCCGGCCGGGCAUUACGACGGACGAGAUUGACGAAAUCGUGCACAAGGCGUGCAUUGAGCGAAAUUCCUAUCCGUCACCCCUGAAUUACAACCAUUUCCCAAAGUCGGUCUGCACAUCUGUAAACGAGGUCAUCUGCCACGGCAUCCCCGAUAAGCGUGUGCUCCUAGACGGCGAUAUCAUCAACCUCGAUGUGACCCUCUACCAUGAGGGCUACCAUGGCGAUCUCAACGAGACGUACUACGUCGGCGACCGGGCCAAGGCGGAUCCUGACUCGGUCCGUGUGGUUGAGACAGCGCGCGAGUGUCUUGAGGAGGCCAUCAAGCUGGUCAAGCCCGGCACACUGUUCCGCGACUUUGGAAACGUGAUUGAGGCGCACGCCAAGUCCAGGAAUUGCAGUGUCAUCCGCACUUACGUCGGCCAUGGGAUUAACCGGAUUUUCCAUUGCCCGCCCAACAUCCCGCACUAUGCCAAGAACAAGGCGGUUGGCGAGUGCAAACCAGGCAUGACCUUCACUAUCGAGCCCAUGAUUGCUCUUGGCAAGUACCGGGACGUGACGUGGCCUGAUAACUGGACCAGCACGACGGUUGAUGGCAAGAGGACAGCCCAAUUCGAACACACCCUGUUGGUAACCGAGACGGGCGUUGAGGUUCUGACCGCCCGGAAGCCUGACUCUCCUGGUGGCCCGAUCCCAUUGCCUGCCCCUAAUGGAACGAGCUAA